GGAAGUGGUCGAUGUUCUCGUUGGUUUUUCUUACUGCGGAUGCCAGCUGCUAUCACAACAUCAGAGUUCACCUCCGAGUCUCUGUGCGUAAUGUGUGCGUGCGUGCCUGUGCGUAAAACCCUGCGCACUGCCCCCGCGUGCACCAGCAGCAGCAGCAGUCAGUCAGUCAGUCUCUCUAAUGGAGUGACCCCCCAGCACGUUGGCUGAAGGCGAAGACAAGAGCGCUGAGUCAACGAAUCACAGCGAGAAGGAUGCAACAGUUGAUGUGCGCUGCGAGUUGCACAGUGUUCGGCCUGCACGCACUCGGAGGAUGGUGGCUCGGAUGCGCGUGGAGGAAGGAUCGGGUGUUUCUGUGGCUCUGAACCCACUUCAUCAGUCCCACUGAGGGGAAGAAUUUAAAAACGCAUCUUCUCCUGCAGCUGGCGUUUGCAGUUGCGCGCCGCCUGUGCCACUUCUGCGCGUCUUCCCCCCCCCCCCCCCCAAAAAAAAAACCCAGAAUGGACAUUUGGACAGGAGCGCGUUCGGAGGCACUCGGCGCUCCGCUGGAAUGGAGCUGAAGUGCGGAUCUCGGGUGGUGGUCUGCGGCGGCGGCGAGUAGCAGCAGCGCGGUGCCCCUUGUGCCAACGAUGCAUCGGAUUCUGCAGAGGAGGCGAGUGCGCAAGCUCCGGGUCGUCUGGGCGUCUCUGGCCCUGGUGGCGCUGUCCCUGGCGGCGUGCAGCGCGCUGUUCACGGCGUGGACCUGGCGACAGACGCGGGACCUGUCCCAGUCCUUCAAGGUCUUGCAGGACCGCUUGGAGCAGGUGAAUACACAGAGGAAGGCCAUCGUCCAGCUCAUUCUGGAGAAGAGGGAGCUGCUGGUGGGGCAGAGAGUGAAGAGAGACGGGGGGACGCUUCGAGGGAGGAAUGGAAAUGGAAAGAAGGCAGCGUCUCAUUUCGAGAUAACCAAAGUCUCCUCUCAGCAAGUGGGAGAAGGUGGUGUGAUAAAGGGCUGGGAAGAGCGGACGUUGAAUAUGAGCAAAGCGGUGAAGUACAACAAGGAGCUGGGCACCUUCACGGUGGAGAGGGCCGGCGUCUACUUCCUGUUCUGCCAGGUGCUGUUCAACGAGCAGCAGACUCCGUACGUGAAGCUGGACGUGGUGACCACCGGCCACAAGCCUCAGAAGCUGCAGUGCAUCGAGGGCUACGCCACGACCCCGUCCGCCGGGCCGCACUCCUUCCACUUUGUGAAGUCGUGCCAGGUGUCCGGCCUCCUGCGGCUGGACCGGGGCACCGAGCUGCAGGCCAUCACGGGCUCGUCCUUCCGGCUGCACACCGUGGGCAGCCCCUCUGCCUCGCCCCACGUCUUCAGCAUCUUCAGAGUCAACUGAUGGGAAACUCAUCUCACUGCAACGUGACUUGUUUCUGUGUGUGGAUCUUUUUCCUUUUUCUUCCAAAGUGGUCAGAAGCAGCCGAGGGCAUCCCAUCCUUCUACAGCCGCUCCUCAAAGACGCUCGUUUGAAAGACAAGCCUGACCUUUGUGGGACGAUGUUGUGGAAAUUUUUACACAACCAAAACCCAAAGUGGACACGAGGCCUCGAUGAAUGUCUGAGAAACACGUGCGAUGGAAGCUGUUGUGUACAUAAAGGGACUCACAAAAAAAAAAGUUCAUCAUCUUAGCCUCCGUAUCAUGUAACAAAUAGUGCUUCCACUGUCUUUAUAAGACUGACAGUAAAGCUGUGCAUGCACCUUUCACUUUUAUAUCACCGGUUGCCUCAAGAAGCUGAGAGCACAUCUGCAAGCAUCAGAUCUCGACGCUAUUAAAGCCAAAUGAGUUGUCGUUCAUAUUUUAUACAAAACGGUGUGUGUCUGUGAGUGUCUGUGAGAGAGAGAGAGAGAGAGAGAGAGAGAGAGUGUGUGUGUGCGUGAAUCCAACAGUUCUUGUUUAUACUGAUUUAUGCUCAUUACAAUUCAAUGUGCGGUUUUUUAAGUGUGACGUUGCCUCUUCACAUACUUUGUAUAUAUGUCACACACGUGUUACAUGGGUGCGUUUCAACUCGACAAAAAGAAAGUGGAACAUUUUAAAUAACGUGGAUUGUGAAUUUGUGCCCUUUUCUGAGGUCAAAUUUGAUUGUAAGGUAUUUUUAUACGUCGUGUACUUGGCUUUACUUUUGAGAAGUGAGCACAAGUUAUAGAAGUGUACAGCUUUGAGUAUAUCUCUCUCUCUUUUCUGACUUUAUUAUGCUAGAGGUAACGAAACACCAUUUCCUGCCUGUAGGUGCGUCAUCUGUUAAUCAUACCGUUAAUAACACUGAGAGGAAAUCAUGGAAUAAUAUCGGGGAGGAAAUGACACAUUCGAGAUUUAGUGACAAUUAACUUUAAGAGAUUUUCAUUAAAGAAGUAGCAUCGUUAAGACUUUCUAUUAUAUUAUUCUCUCAAGUUCAUUAAAGUCAAAAUGUCGCAAAAAACGACAAAGUAAUUAUGUAUUAAAACAAUUCACAAGAUUCACAUCCAAAUUACAAUGUAAACUGAAAUUGGAGCGCGAACGUUCUCGUGGAUGCUAAACUUCGCCAUUUUACUCAGGUGGCAUUAGCAUUUAGCAUCGCCACAUCCCAGCACACGUACUUAGCCGUGGUAGCUGCUAGCAUUGUUUAGUUUUUGCGUGUCACAUUGCAAACUCACCAGUUUAGUAGGAAAUUCGUCUUUAUUACGAUGCCACUUCACACGUAGCCUUAGUUGUACCAAAGGUGCUAAUAACCAAACGUUAGCAGAUGGUGAAUAUAAUUAACACUGUAACUUUCAGCGUGCUAGCAUGCUAACAUUAGCAUUUAGCACAUUGCCCUUCCACUCGGAAGGUCGUAGGAACCUCACCCCCCCUGACUUCGUGCAGACUGUUUCGCCCAAUUGUGCCUUAACUUGAUUUUCUUAUUAAAAGCCAAAGAUUCUGAGUCGUACGACACCAAAAACACAACUGUACGACAAAACCUUUAACACAAAAGUUCUCCGUUUCAACUUGUUCUCAUUUUCUCCUGUUUGUGUCUGAGAUAGUUUCUCCGACUCGUUUAUUUCUGAAUCUCUCUCUUUGAAAUGCAAACUCCUUCCUUUCUGCCUCGUUCUGUAAUAUUUCCCGCUGCACCACCAACAGCGUGUAUUUCCAGCCGCGGGUUCGACUCCCACUCUUGUUUAUAAGUAGUUUUUGUGGACGGGGCCGCAUUGGUUUCUCCACAGCACUUUACUUUUUUUUUUUUUUAAUUGGUGCCAAACGUUCAUGUUUUCAGAUGGAAAAAGUGUCGACAUGAGACAUAUAUCCUGUUUGAUUUCCUCAUCGUUUUCCUCUUCCCUUUUGUGUCUCCCCCGCACCACUUGUACGACCACAUGCACCUCAUAUUUCCCUGUCAGCACCGAUCAGACUGCACACAAACACACACACACAGACACACACACACACACUGAAUCCCGAGUGUCCUCUGCACACACACACACACACACAGACACACACCAGCAGCCAUCUAAAUUUUCACUUCCUGAAUCUGAACCUGAACCACAUUGCUCAAAGUCUUUGAGGAAAAACAUGCCUCGUCCCUCCCCCACCACCCUCACACACUUCCCUGUCCCAAUCCCCCCCCCGCCCUCCAACCCCCACACACCCCCAAAUGUCAAAGUUUAUUACCACCUCGGAAAAAUCUUGCGAAGUCUGGUGAAGAAGUUUUCUGUAAAAAAAAAAAAAAAAAAAAAAAGAUGAUGUAUGCCGCGCCUGGACAUUUAUUUUUUAUUAUUUCUUCUCAAGUCACUCAUCAUAAAUGUUGAAUAAACUUAUUUUUAUGUUUUUUG